GGGCUAAGCCCUCGGGACCGGGGACUGCUUCAGCGGGGGGCCCUGGCUGUGAUGAGAUCUGCCGGUAAAUCCGGGCCCUGGUGCGCCCACCCACCCGCCGCAAGGAUGCUCCUGGGGUUUCGGAGAGGCCGCAGGAACCAGUUCAAACACAUCGUCCAUGGCCUUCUCCCUGCAGCCAGCAUCGCUCCGAAGCCAGCAGUGCCCCGCACGCCUCCUCCCCGCAGCCCCAACCCGUCUCCAGAGAGACCAAGAUCUGCUCUGGCUGCGGCCAUUCUGGCAACGACAUUAACUGGGCGGACCGUUGCCAUUCCUCAGCCUCGCCAGCGAUCCCAGUCUGAGAGUGACACGACCUGCGUUGAAAAGGACAGCUUCAUCGAGCCCUAUGCCACCUCCUCGGAGCUGAGACUUCGACUAAAUGGGCAGAGUGAGGUGGGAAGAAGAACUUCUCUGCCGUCCUUUGAAACACUGGGCUAUGGGGAAGAAGAGGACGUUGAAUCUCAGCUGUCAUCCAGCUGCGAGCAUUUGGGGGAUGUCAGUGCCCAGAAAGAAGAGGGAGGUCGCAGUGAUGACAUGUAUGCCGUGCCACACAGAAAUCAGGUGCCAUUGUCCCGUGGGGUGGACAGUGAAGACGAUGAAAGUACUUCUAAUCAGGAUGGGUUUCCAGGCUCACCUCUUACACCGUGGCAUACCCAACAAAAAGAUAAACACUCUGUACUGAAUUUAAAGGAUGAAAAACCUCCAUUAUGUGAAAAACCUCCACCCUCCCCAGAUAUAACUGGUAGAGCACGUCAAAGAUGUAUGGAACUAACCAAAGAAAAGUUUGAGGAAUUAAAAGAGGAAAAUUUGCGCCUAAACAAUACAAAUCAAACCCUUACCCUUGAACUAAAUGUCAUGAGGCAAGCAAUGAAAGAACUCCAAGUAAAACUUAAGAGAAUGGAAAAACAGAAGGAAAAGCUAAAAGAGGUUGAGAAAGCAUCGUCGCAGGAAGUUACCACACCUGAAUUACUUUAUCUACAAAAACAAGCUCAAGAAUUGGUGGACGAAAAUGAUGGGUUAAAAAGGACUGUCCAUCGUUUGAAUGUAGAACUGAGUCGAUAUCAAACAAAAUUCCGGCAUUUGUCCAAGGAAGAGAGUUUACACAUUGGAGGCCUCCCAUCAAAGGGCCCUACGCCACCCUGGCUGUUGGAUAUGAAGUGCCUGUCGCCACUGCUGCUCGCUUACGAAGACAGAAUGAAAGAGAAGGAUGAGCUCAACGCCACCCUCAAGGAGGAAAUGAGAACGUUUAGGGUGCGAGUCCAAGAAGUGGUGAAAGAAAACGAAGAAUUGCACCAGGCGUUAAAUAAGAGCAGCCCCAUCACCAGUGAGGAAUGGCGUCAGCUUCAGACUCAGGCAGAGCUGGUUUUAGAGGAAAACAAGUUGCUGCUAGAGCAGCUGGAGAUUCAGCAAACAAAAGCUAAGGACGCCCACCGGGAGCAGCUCCAAGAAGUUUCUAAGCUGACCAAACAACUAAUGCUGCUGGAGACUAAAACGCAGGACCAGGACAAGGAGCUGAUGGAAAACAAGGAGCAGCUGGAGAGUUUACGUGCUGAAUGCCAAGAACUCAAAACGCACUUGAAUGGCAAAAUUGCAAUGAAAGUUCAUACUUCAAUUGUAAAUGAAUUAAAAAGCCGGUUACAGAAGGAAGAAGAGACACGAAGUGCGGAGAUGGAGGAGCUGGUAGAGGAGCUGACGGUCCUGCAAAUGCAGAGGAAGAGCCUGCUUUUAGAGAAGAACAAUCUGACAGUGAAAAUCAAAGCACUGGAAGCUGAACUUGAAAGGGCCCAGAAAAUAAAUAGGAGAUCUCAAAAGAAAAUUGAUGUCCUCAAAAAGCAGGUGGAGAAAGCCAUGGGGAACGAGAUGUCUGCUCACCUGUACUUGGCGAACCUUGUUGGUCUGGCAGAGAAUAUAACCCAGGAACGGGACAGUCUGAUGCACUUGGCUAAAUGUUUAGAAAGCGAGAAGCAUGGAGUUAUCAACAAAAUCAUAAAAGGCAAUAUUCGCUUGGGAAGGUUGGAGGAAAAAGUUAAGGGAUAUAAGAAGAAGACAGCGCUGAAGCUGGGUGACAUCAGCCACCGUCUGGUGGAGCAACAGGAGGACUUUGCUGGCAGGACGGCCCAGUACCUGCAGGAGAUGAGGCGCCUCCACCAGAUGCUCAGGGACCGGCAGGACGGCCUGGACGAGGCGCUGCGGCAGAAGAGAGAAAUGGAAGGUGAACUUGAAGUUAUUUGGGAGUCUGCCUCCAAGGAAAACCGAAGAAUCCGAGAACUUCUACGGGCCACGCUGGCGAGGACAGGCAUGUGGGACAGCACCAGAGCUUUGGAGGACCGCUGCUUCGACGGCGCCUCUCAGGGAGACCUGCUGGUUGGCUGUGACUUUAGCUACUGCCAUGCAAAGCCUCCUGCCAUCGCCUGCCACGGUGCGCAGGAGCCUGUGGAGAGGCCCCCGCAGCCCGAAAGGUCUGCCGUGCGCAGGCGGGGGACGGCCAGUCCCUUGCCCCCGGAGGAGAGACUGCAGUGGCAGGAGGACGCGCAGAACCCCGCCGAGCACUGCAGGGCGGGGAGGAAAUAAGCUGUUUCCGCAUUUAAUCCGCAUUUAACGUUUUGUUGCUGAAACAUCUUCAGCCAGUGCGUGUUCUCUGGCCACGUGGCCACUGAGACCAGCUCUGUGACCCGCAUUGCUCAGGUUAGCAGGUGACCUGCUGGCCUGUCCCCCAGCUCUCAGACGUGCAGCUGGGAAAGCAGCAGAGGGACGGGACAGGUGGGACAAACCCUGGUGCUGGUGUUAGAAGUGUCGCUGCGGAAACCCGUCGAUGGUGGCAGCAGUGACGGUGGCUGUGUGCUAGGCCCAGGUGGUGUUUUCUUGUUUGCUAAAAACCAAGGUGCUGGCGCUCAGUAAGUUGCACAAACCUGCUCUUCUCUCUGCCCUGACCCUUCCCUAGCCUCCUGGGGAGGUGAUUUACUCUGGGGCCACAGCUCCCCGCCUCUGUGACGAGACCCUGGCUUGGAGCACUGAGGUGGAGUCCCUGCCUCACUGCCGCCACCCGGAGAGAGACCGGGGCCGUGUUGUGUCCCCUCUGUGCCUUCGCAGGUAAAUUAUCCCAGCCUCUCGGGACCGUUCACUGGGAUUUCCCGGCAUAAGUGCCAGAUACCUACAGCCACGCCCCGGGUGAGCUGUAGGAGCUCGGGGACAUCGGGCUACAAGGGACCCUAAAGUGUGGGAGGGAAGGGCUGGAACCCCCAAAACACGCCCUUCCCAGAGCCCUCCCCGCCAGGGCUUGCGCCGUCUCUGGUGUGAGUCGCCUGGUCCUCGGUCGCGGAGGGAAGUUACGCACGUGCUCUUCCGUUGCUGGGUGGAAAGUUGAGACUGAAAAUCCUAGUUCUUUUACCUUUGUUUCCUUUACCAUCCUAAAGGCUUUGAGUUCUUUUACAUUGUAUUAAACUUGCUCAACAUUUAAA